AGUUUCACUUUAAAGUUCUCCUGGAAACCAAUGACGUCGCAGCCGUAUUGAAUUCCUAUUGGUCCAGACCGGCCUCUCCCUCUCCCUCCGUCUCUUGUUCGCAGGUUUCCUGGUCAGUGCGUCUGAUGCUGGAGUCGGAGUCACGUCUCUGUGGAUAAUCUCAUCGAGCCGUUCUUCUGAAUACAUCGAUAUGAAGGCGCUAACAGGGCUGCUGCUGUUGGUCUUUGCUCACGGUGUGUCCUCAGUGCUUCACUCUCUGCAGUAUUUCUACACGGCGUCGUCUGGACUCACAACCUUCCCAGAGUUUGUGAUUGUUGGGAUGGUGGAUGGAGUUCAGUUUAACUACUAUGACAGCAACACCCAGAGAGUAGUCCUCAAACAGGACUGGAUGGAGCGGCACACCAGAAAGGACCCCGACUACCUGGAGAGGAACACUGGAAUCUAUCUGGGUUCCCAGCAGGUCUUCAAAGCCAUGAUUGGGAUUCUGAAAGAGAACUUUAACCAGAUAGGAGGUAUCCACAUAUAUCAGUGGAUGUAUGGUUGUGAGUGGGAUGAUGAGGAUGAUUCUACUGAUGGUUAUGAGCAGUAUGGUUAUGAUGGAGAGGACUUCAUAUCGUUGGACCUGAAGACCCUGACCUGGGUCGCUGCAGUACCUCAGGCUGUCCCCAUCACACAGAGUUGGAAUGAGGAUGAAGCUAGAUUACAAUACCUGAAGUACAACCUCAUGAGUAUCCACAUAUAUCAGAGGAUGUUUGGUUGUGAGUGGGAUGAUGAGGAUGAUUCUACUGAUGGUUAUGACCAGUAUGGUUAUGAUGGAGAGGACUUCAUGUCGUUGGACCUGAAGACCUGGGUCGCUGCAGUACCUCAGGCUGUCAGCACCACACAGAUAUUGAAUGAGGAUAAAGCUAGAUUACAAUACCUGAAGUACAACCUCACCAAGCAGUGUGUUGGUGGGCUGAAGGCGCUCCUGUUCUAUGGGAAGAGCACUCUGCAGAGAACAGAGCGUCCGCGGGUGUCUCUGCUCCAGAGGAGCCCCUCCUCCCCAGUGGUGUGCCAUGCUACAGGCUUCUACCCUGACAGGGUGGUGGUGUUCUGGAGGAGAGACGGCCAGGAGCUCCAUGAGCAGGUGGACCCCGGGGAGGUCCUCCCCAACCACGACGGGACCUUCCAGGUCAGCGUGGACCUCAACCUCACGGCCGUCCCACAGGAGGACUGGGGGAGGUACGAGUGUGUGGUCCAGCUGAGAGGCAUCGAGGACAUCUCCACCCCCCUGGACCCCGCCCUCAUCAGGACCAACGGGGGCAAGAGUGGCAUCACCAAUCCCAUCAUCAUUGGGGUCCUUGUUCUCCUCCUCGUUGCUGCUGCUGCUGUUGUUGGAGUCUUUGUGUACCAGAAGAGGAACGAUUCAGACAAGCGACACAAACCAGUUGGUUCUGACACCAGCUCUGAGAACACUGAGGGGCAGAAUCCGGCUCCUGAGGCCCAACCUCUGACCACAGGUCAAAGUUAAAUCAUGAAGAGGCUUCCUAAAGCAGGAUGCAGUGGAUCGCAGUUCAUUUAUAAUCCUUACAAACAGGCUUGGGACUUCAGCUAACUAAAGAUGCUGUAUUUGCUUAAUAACAAUAACAUUCAUACUUAACUUUAUCUUGAUAACAACCAUUUAUCCGUAAAAAUUGUAAAUCAAUUAGAUCGCUGUAUUUCUGAUAGAUUUGAUUAACUCAGCUGGCUUAAACCUGCCUAAUCUUUCACUGAUGCUUGGAAACCAUGGCAACACGACCUUGCAACAACGGCUAGCACAAUCGAGCUAGGCUGCUCUAGCAUGAAUAGUUUUUUUUUGUAUUUUUACAAAAAAAUUGGAAUUGGAUUAAAUAUUAAUCUAAAUGUAAAAGUCGCUGUACUCUUGUUUGGGGUUAUUUGGUCAAUAUAAUCCCCCAAAAAAUCAGAAAAUAUUCUCAAUAUACGCUUUUUAUAGGUUAGGUCCUUUCAUUUAGUGAAGUUAUUGGGCUUUGUGUGACCAGAGUUCAUAUCUUUGAUGAUCUUCCUCCACUAGCGUCCUGAUAUCAGAUGUCUUAUGCUGAAAGACAAAACACACACGCACACACACACACACACACACACACACACACACACACACACACACACACACACACACACACACACACACACACACACACACACACACACACACACACAUUAAACCACACAUUCAUAAACACACAUAUCAACACACAUUUAGCUGAACUGUAUACAUCUAAACAUAUAUAUGGAUGAAGAUUAGAUAUAGCUAAAGAAUAUGGUGAACAUUAUAUAUAACUGAACGUUAUAUCUUUCUGAACGUUAUGUAUCAAUGAACAUUAUGUAUAGCUGAACAUUGUUGAUAAUGAUGUAAUGCUGAAUAUAUAUUAAAGCCAGCUGAACAUAAUAUUGUAAGAACAAUUCAUUAAGGGUUACAUGAAACUUGGUCGCUGUAACAGUGUGUGAGCAUCAGUCCGUCUGAUGUUGGAGUCAGAGUCACGUCUCUGUGGAUAAUCUCAUCGAGCUGUUCUUCUGAAUACAUCGAUAUGAAGGCGCUAACGGGGCUGCUGCUGUUGGUCUUUGGUCACGCUGUGUCCUCAGAUAUUACUGAUGACAGUUUUUCCUGUUCAAAACUAUUAUUCCAUAGUUGACUACUAAUCAAUAGUUGACUAUUAUUCAAUAGUUUUUUUCAAACGUUUCAAAAGGUUUGUUUCUGGUCCCUGAAUAGAAGACUUUUAGUUGUUGGAUUUCCUUGUAAAACUGAAAACCAUUCGCUUAUCAUCCAAAAUGCGACCAGUUAAUCCACAACAUGAUUAAUCAUUCACUUUGAAUAUUCAUUUGAUGAUGUUGUUCAUGAAUCAAAUAAAUAUAAUCUAUUAUCGCU